AUGGCCUGCCUCAUCAGCACUGAUCGAUACCGAUUGGUAACUGAUGAUUACCCGAUCGAGUUUACGCUGUUCGAUAGUCCUGAGUUAUAUGUGAUGCCGGUCGAUUAUCCAUCUUCAUCCAGGCUUCGAUCUCUUGCCUCUUUUUCUUAUUUACCCUUCUUUCUUUCUUUCUUUCUUCUUCCUCCCAAUAUUCCUCGUCGUCGUCGUCUUCUUUUCCUUUCUUUUUCUUUUCCUUUCUUUUUCUUUUCCUUUUUCUCUCUCUUUCUUUCUUUCUUUUUCUUUCUCUUUCUUUUCCCUUUCGUUUUGUCAUCGUCCUCGCCAGAGAUAAGCCCGUCUUGGUUUUUUCCAUCGUUUUCUUUUUUUCUCUCUCUUUCUCUCACUCUCUCUCUCUCUCUUUCACUAACUCUCUCUCACUCUCUCACUAACUCUCUUUCACUCUCUCACUCUCUCACUAACUCUCUUUCACUCUCUCACUCUCUCACUAACUCUCUCUCUUUCACUCACUCUCUCACUCUUUCACUCACUCUCUCACUCUUUCUCUCUCUCUCUCUUUCACUCACUCUCUCACUCUUACACUCACUCUCUCACUCUCUCUUUUCUUCAUUUUUAUGCGGAUUUUCUUAUUUCUUUUCCUUCCCGUUUUCUUUCUUUUUUUCCUUCCUUCCUGUUUUCUUUCUUUUCUUUUUUUCCUUCCUUCCCGUUUUCUUACUUUUUUUCCUUCCUUCCCGUUUUCUUACUUUUUUUCCUUCCUUCCCGUUUUCUUUAUUUUUUUUCCUUCCUUCCCGUUUUCUUUCUUUUUUUUCCUUCCUUCCCUUCUUUUUCUUUCCCGUCCUAUUAUUUUUAUUCCUUUGCCUUUUUCUCUUUUCUUUCUUUAUUCUUUCUUCCUUCUCUUUUUCUCUUUUCUCUCUCUUCCUUCCUCCUCAUUUCAUCUUUUUCUUUGAUCAUUAUUCCUUCUUUCCUUCCUUACAUUUCAUUCACUUCACCCACCUUGCGUUCUUUUUCGUUUAUACUCUUUCUUUAAUGUGUAUUCUUCUCUUUCUCCCUUUUAUUAUAACUGCGUUUUUCUUCAUUCCAUUUUUCUUUUUUCUUUACUCUUUACUUUCGUCUUUGACUUGUGCCCGCUUUCUUUUAUUUUCCCUUUUUUAUUCUUUCUCUUUUUUAUCCUCCUCCUAUGAUAUUACCUUCUUUUUUUUUGCCUCCUUCUUUUUCUCUUUCGCUUUCUUUGCUUUUCUCAUUCUCUUUUCUUUUUCGAUUUCGUUUCUUUUUCCUUUUCUCUCUUUCGCCUUCUGUUCUUAA